AUGAAAUUAACAAAAUUAACAGAUGAUUGUUAUUUAGAAAUUAUCAAAAACUUAGAAUAUAAUCACCACUCAUUAUUUAACUACCUCUUAGUUAAUCGCUUAUUUUGUCGCUUUACUGUGACUCUGUUGUGGGCUAACCCUUUAAAUAAUAUAAAUAAAGUUUUGAUAGAUGUUACAUCUAUUUUUCUUAUUUAUCUUGAUGAAAAUGAAAAGCAACAAUUGACUUCAAGCGCAUAUCAGAUCAAUCUAUCAUGUACACGUAUUUUUCAAAAAACAUUAUUUAAAUAUGUUGACUUUCUAGAGACUUAUCAUAACUACAAGAUAAAAAAUAUCAUCUCAUUGUGGUAUCAAUAUACUCAGGAUAGAUCUAAACCUAGUUUAGAAAUAUCAACCUUUAUGGCUAUUCAAAGCAUGUUGUUUCGAAGAUGUAAGAGAAUCAAGAAAUUCUACAUUUCAGUAGUUGAAGAUAGCUCAACAUUUUCCUUAAUUCCUAGCUUCUGGUUUUAUUCUUCAGAAUUGAGAGAAUGCGAAUUUAGAUUUGUUGUUUCAAAUAAUCAUAACAUGAUUGUAUACAAUUAUAUUAACUUAAUUUCUAUAAGAAACAAAAGAAUUCAAACUAUUCGUAUUAUGGCUUAUAACAAAGACAUACCUUCAGAUUGUCAAGAACCAUUCUUAAAUUUAAUUAGCGCUCAAACUGAACUCAAAGAACUUUAG